CAUUCCACAACACUUAACAGUCAACAUUCUGUCCGCCCAUAACACAAUCUUAACCAGCUGAGUGAAAACAACCUUUUCUACGUUUGCUUUUUGACAAAAUCCUACACGUCCUUCCCAAUCCUACCGACAACGAUGCGUUUUCUACAAUUUGUCCCUGUGAUAGUUUCACUUCUUCAACUUCAGGCUCAAAGCUUGUGUCGCGAUGCGGAUUUGAAAAGUGCAAUCACAGAACAAAAAGUAAUGGACAAUAUCAGACCAUUCAUCGUAGAUUUGAUGAGAACCCAGCACCAAAAAACUGUGGAUGAGUGCGUGAGAGUGUGUGGCAGAACAGAGAACAGCAGCACGCCAUUCCUACAAGACGUUAAGCUGGAACAUGAAGAUCUUUCAAAAAGAGUGGAAGAAAAUGAGAAGAUUGUGAGACAAAUAAAGAGAACGAAUUCAGAUAAUACUCUACUGGAAGAUUUCCCCAUCUACAUGAGCGAGGCAUCGCUGAACCCAAGAACGUUUCUGUCAUUUAACAGGAAAUCCCUUUUCAACUCCCAGAAACCAUGGGAAAAUCUCACAAAUGACUUCCCCUUCGAUUGGCCGACGGGAGGUAAAGACACCCUUCAAACAUAUUACGGUGUGAAGGGUUCCCUUCCUUUAAGAAAUCCGGACACUGUCUGUUUCGAAGUGGACGCAUUCUAUAGCAUAUACUUUAAUUUGACUGGACGAAACUUGUUAUUCGAGAUCGGAAUAGGGAGGGACUGGGUUAUUGAUAAUUCCCAUUACAUUGGAUGGGAGCCCGACUCCACAUGGUCGUUUGUUGUUUCUCGUGAUGACGUCACUGGUCGGGUCAUAAGUGCAUGUCAAUCACACCAAAUGAACCAUGGUGAAUUGACGGAUAUAAGUAACAGUACGGCCGGUACACGACAGAAAAUGUCUCUGGGAAUUCGAGUCAACAUGGCAGAUGGCAUAAUGACGGUUGUGGACAGAUCUUCAUUAGCCGUCCUCUGUAAUUUCACAGAUAUUGACGUCACGCAAGAGCUUUGGCCUAUGUUCGGUGUCUAUGCAAAGAGUAGUAGUGACGUGGUGAUGGCGUUACGUCAUAGUUUUCUGGUGUCAUCGAGGACAUGGAUUGAUGUCUGAGGGAGUGAUACAUAUACAAGAAUACAUUUUUAUUGCCAACUAUGUCUCCAUUGGCAAAUUGGUGGGGAAUAAACAAAUGGGUUCCGUCCAUCCAUCCGUUCGAUAAUGUGUCAAAAGCAUACUGUAUAUAAAAACAACUUCAAUAUAACUUUAUGCGAGUCAAGUUUUUUUGUCUAGUAUUGUCCUUUAAGUAAUCUGGUAUGGGUUAGUCGGGCCAUAUCGGAUUUUUUAAACGGUUGAUAAAACACCAGAAACCGCUGGAUAGGCCUUUCAUUUGCAACAACGGGAAAACACAAGGAAACCCAGCCAUUUUCGAAGUAUAUCUCAUCAAUAGAUUUAUUUGAAUUUUACCAAAUAGAUAUCGAAAAAUAUUCAAUAAAUAAAAGUGAUUUUUUUCACUUGUGAAUACACUGUUAGAUAUCCUCAAUAUCUUCCCAAGUGACCUAUAAUAUUGCUUUUUUUUUUUGUAGUGACAUUUCUCGUCUUUAACAGUUCCUUGUUAUUUCGAAUUUCAUAAGUAUACACAUGUUUUAUUUGCAAUAGUUCCGGCUGAAUACUGAAUAGUACAUACACCACUUACAAUUCACGUUCGAAUUUCAUCAUCUUCGACGACGCCCUCUGCCGGUGAUGAGAAUGAAUGGCAUAUAAUAUCUGGAUUCUGGUAAAUUAAAUGACGUCGACACGGUGGUAACUAAAUUACAAACUAUUGAUUAUUAAUUGGAUAAAAAUAUGAAGUUUAAUAUCAGUAAAAAUAUGUCGUAUGAAAUAAUGAAUACAAGCGUGAAAUUCGAACAAUAAUGUGUAAUUAUUGAAUAUUACAACACGCCAUAACCAUAACCACUAUAUGGAGAUAUAGACGUUAAAAUCGAGAGCACGAGAGGUCGCCGCGGUGACAAGGGAAAUAACUCGCACAAACCAACCCGACACAACCUCAUAGGGUUGGGAGGUUAAAUAUCAAUAUACAAAACAAAACAUUGGAUUCCACUUUACUUACCAGAUAUCUUGGAGGUCCUCCGACUUCAAGCUUCAUAAACCUUCUGAAAAAAACAUACCGAUUUUAUGGGAAAUGAAAUAUAAUUUCACUCGUUUGAAUGGAAUGAAUAAGAAUGACAAUGUUUUCUCCUAUUUCGGAGAGGGUCUCUGUAUGGCGGAAAGUGCCGAGCGUUUCCUAGUGGGAAAGCGGGUAGGAUACACGCGUAUGUCUCAUUUAGCGAGCCACGUUGACAGGUUAACACCUAUGCUGGUAUUCGUAGACAUAUAUCUUCGUCAAAUUUUGAAUACGAUGAAAUAUUCAAGAAAGAAUAGGAGGAGGAUGUUAAGGUCACGGAUAUUCUGGCGAGUGAAGGGUGUGAUUUUGAGCAUUGUUAAUCUUGUUGAUGUUGUAAAGAAAUAAAACUAGCACUCGGUGUGGUCGAGCCAUUGCAAUUUA